GCCUUUCUCUAAAUUAAUUCAAAAUCUACCGGGUAUAUAGAGUUCCCCAUAGAACAUGAACCAAUGUCGGCUGAGGAGUCUUGUGCGGAUGAGACGCUGGGGCACUGACCACCACAUCCUCGCCAGACUUGCACUGCGCUCUAUACAAACUAGCUCUCGGUUGGAUGGAUCUGCCCAGGAUCUGGACUCCUUCGCCAGCGGCUGCAGUGCCUCCUACAUCGAGGGUCUCUAUAACAAGUGGAAGCGGAAUCCACGGUCUGUGGAUGUGUCCUGGGACGAGCUCUUCAGCGGCAAUGAGAGAACUAAGCGUCAUCCCAUCCGAUCCACGCACCCCCGGAAGUACAGACGUCCUCCGGUUGAAAGAACAGCAUUAAAAGCUCGUUUGGGCGAGAGAACGGCAUCCGGCGGAGGAGCCUCUCCAGCUCCUUCUGCACCUCCCAGCGACUGGAAGAAUAUCGAUGAUCACCACACCAUCCAGGCCAUCAUCCGGGCUUAUCAAUCACGUGGUCAUUUGGCCGCCAAUCUGGAUCCUUUGGGUAUUGUUGGGCCUCAGAAAACCACCUCUCUAGAUGGCUCCCAACGGCAGGCGGCCAGGGAGGUGCUCCGCCAGCACUACUCCUAUAUAUUUGGAGAUCUCAAUGCCAUGUUCAAGUUGCCCUCCUCCACGAUGAUAGGCGGUGAUGAGGAGUUUUUGACAUUAAAAGAGAUCCUGGAUCGCUUGGAGCGCAUCUAUUGCGGUUCCAUUGGAGUGGAGUACAUGCAGAUCAAUUCGUUGACCAAGACCAAUUGGAUAAGGGAUAGGCUAGAAAAACCAGGAGGAUUGGAUUUAACCAAGGAUGAGAAGAAGUUAAUCCUAGAGCGAUUGACUCGGGCAACGGGCUUUGAGAACUUUUUGGCGAGGAAGUUUUCAUCGGAAAAACGUUUUGGCCUCGAGGGUUGCGACAUCAUGAUACCCACUAUAAAAGAGGUAGUAGACACAGCCACCAAUCAUGGAGUAGAAUCGAUCCUUAUAGGAAUGGCUCAUCGGGGACGCUUGAAUGUGCUGGCCAAUAUCUGCCGGAAGUCCAUUGCCGACAUUCUAUCCCAGUUCCAUGGGCUAAAAGCCAGCGAUUCGGGUUCGGGGGAUGUGAAGUACCAUCUGGGAGUCUUCCAGGAGCGUCUCAAUAGACAAACCAAUCGCAUGGUGCGCAUCACCGUGGUGGCGAAUCCCUCGCAUCUGGAGCAUGUGAAUCCGGUGCUGCUGGGCAAGGCGCGGGCGGAGAUGUUCCAGCGAGGCGAUACCAAUGGCAGCAAGGUGCUGCCCAUCAUCAUCCAUGGAGAUGCCUCCUUUUCGGGACAGGGUGUGGUCUACGAGUCGAUGCAUCUGUCGGAUCUGCCCAACUACACCACUUACGGCACCAUACACAUUGUUUCCAAUAACCAAGUGGGCUUCACCACGGAUCCCCGGUUCUCCCGCUCCUCGCGCUACUGCACCGAUGUGGCCAAGGUGGUGAUGGCACCCAUCUUCCAUGUAAAUGCCGACGAUCCGGAGGCCUGCAUCCAGUGCAGCCGCAUUGCUGCCGACUAUAGGAACGAGUUCAAGAAGGACGUGGUCAUUGACAUAGUGGGCUAUCGCCGGAAUGGACAUAACGAGGCGGAUGAGCCCAUGUUCACCCAGCCACUGAUGUACCAGCGCAUCCGGAAGCUGAAGCCCUGCCUGCUGCUCUACGCCGAGAAGCUGAUCAAGGAGGGCGUCCUGACGGAUGCCGAAUUUAAGGGCAUGGUCGCGAACUACGACAAGAUCUGCGAGGAUGCCUGGACCAAGUCCAAGUCGAUCAAGAGCAUAAGGUACUCCUCCUGGAUCGACUCCCCCUGGCCGGGAUUCUUCGAGGGUCGCGAUCGCCUGAAGUUGUGUCCCACUGGCAUCAGCACGGACACCCUGAAGACGAUCGGCAACAUAUUCUCCAGUCCUCCGCCGCCGGAGCACAAGUUCGAGAUGCACAAGGGCAUCCUCCGCAUCCUGGCGCUGCGGAAGCAGAUGGUGCAGGACAAGGUGGCCGACUGGUCGCUGGGCGAGGCCUUCGCCUUUGGCUCCCUCUUAAAGGAAGGCAUCCACGUCCGCCUAUCCGGUCAGGAUGUGGAGCGCGGCACCUUCUCGCACAGGCAUCAUGUGCUGCACCACCAAUCCGCCGACAAGGUUGUCUACAUCGCCCUGGAUCACCUGUACCCCGACCAGGCGCCCUACUCCGUGUCCAAUAGCUCCUUGUCCGAGUGCGCCGUCCUGGGAUUCGAGCACGGCUACUCCAUGGCCAGUCCCCAUGCGCUGGUCAUGUGGGAGGGUCAAUUUGGUGACUUUUGCAACACGGCGCAGUGCAUCAUCGAUACUUUUAUAGCCAGCGGAGAGACCAAGUGGGUGCGCCAGUCGGGAGUGGUGCUGCUCCUUCCCCACAGCAUGGAGGGCAUGGGUCCGGAGCAUUCCUCCGGGCGGAUUGAGCGCUUCCUGCAGAUGAGCGACGACGAUGCGGAUGUCUAUCCGGAUACCUGCGAUGCCGACUUUGUGGCCCGCCAGCUGAUGAAUGUCAACUGGAUCGUGACGAAUCUCUCCACGCCCGCCAAUCUCUUCCACUGCCUGCGACGCCAGGUGAAAAUGGGCUUCCGCAAGCCACUGAUUAACUUCUCGCCCAAGUCGCUGCUCCGCCAUCCGCUGGCCAGGAGUCCCUUCAAGGACUUCAACGAGUGCAGCUCCUUCCAGCGGCUCAUCCCGGAAAAUGGGCCAGCUGGCAAACAGCCCGAUUGCGUCAAGAAGUUGGUCUUUUGCUCUGGCAAGAUAUACUAUGAUCUCUUCCAGGAGCGCGAUGACCACGAGCAGGUGGAGUCUGUGGCUCUGGUGAGGGUAGAACAGCUGUGUCCCUUCCCCUACGACCUGAUCAGCCAGCAAUUGGAGAUGUAUCCAAAAGCAGAGCUUUUGUGGGCCCAGGAGGAGCACAAGAACAGUGGUGCCUGGUCCUAUGUGCAGCCUCGUUUCGAUACCGCGCUGCUCAAGAACGAAAACGAAAGCCGCUGCGUUUCCUAUCAUGGACGACCGCCCAGCUCCUCGCCAGCCACUGGAAACAAGGUGCAGCACAAGAACGAGUACAAGGCCAUCAUCAAGAGCAUUUUCGGGGAGCUGACGCCGGAGAACAAGAAGCGUCUGGAGGAUAAGAUCAAGGAGCAGCAGGCUAAGGCCAAGGCGAACUCUGGUAGCAAGCCAACUCCGCCAGCAAAGGGCGGUUCGUCGCCAGCAGGUAAGGGCGAUUCUGCAGGCAAGAAGAGAUCCGGUUCCGCUCCAGCUUCGUCCAUUGCUCCUACAGGUCCCGCUCCAGCUGCAGCAGGUCCCGCCCCUCGAAAGCCAUCGAUUUCGUACCCAAGUAGGCCUCCUCGAGGGGAAUCUGCAGGCAAGAAAAGGAUGACUUCGGCUCCAGGCAUGGAUUCAGCUCCUCAAGAUUCAGCAGCGCGAAGUCCAAGCAGAAACCCAGCUUCUCCUGCCCACGAUGGUGUAUCGCCGUCAACUAGGGAUGAAUCCUUAGCCAGGAGAAGGCCAGGUUCCGCUCCAGCUCCAAGUCCGACUACCACAGCUUCAGCUGCUCGAACGGCUCCACCUUCUACUGCAUCUACCAAAUCUUCAACUGUUCGGAGUCCAUCGAAACUAGAGUUUAUUAAGCGCAAGCCUUCACGAGAUCCAUCAGUUAGUAAGAGCAAAACCCAGAAGGUUCCCCAGGAAACUCCAGUCGAUCCAACAAAGCCGGAGCCCUAGCCACAUCCAACAUCCUUCUACAC